CGGGCCACUCACGUUUGCGUAUUUUCGACCUCUACAUCCUGCGAAACGCCUGCACUAGCCGGUGUCUGCUGCCACGGUGCCAAUUCCAUUUCAUUGCCACUCCUCCUUGGAUUAUCCUUCACCAGCACACAACAUGCAGCGUCGAGAAUCGUUGUCGUCCUCCACAGGGGGCACACUGGUAUGGGUCCCUCAUGACAAGCAAGUGUGGAAGCGAGCCCAAGUGCUCCAGAGGAUUUCCGAGUUCCUAAUCCAAGUGACAUUGGUCGCCGACGACACCAGCGAUGCAUACGACCCUGAAAACGGCACUGUCAAGACGUACGACGUGCGUGACAUCGCCAAGUUGGCAGGCGAGGUGUCUGCUACGGCCAUGCCCAUCUGCAACACGUUCAGCAAGCUCGGCGUUCCAGACAUGUGCACCCUCAACCACUUGCAUGAACCGGCCGUGCUCAAGAACCUGCAGCUCAGGCACAGUCUGUUCGUGCCAUACACGUACACAGGGCAAAUCUGCAUUGCCGUGAACCCGUACAAGUGGCUCGACUUGUAUCGAAAGGACCUGUACGAAAAAUACCUGGAGCUACCGCGCAAUGAUUUGGCGCCGCAUCCGUUCGCGCUGUCGUCGAGCUCGUACAUUGAUAUGCAGGAAAACGGCAUCGAGCAGAGCAUUUUGGUGAGUGGCGAGUCGGGGGCAGGCAAGACGGAGACGGUGAAGAUCAUGAUGAACCACUUGGCGUCCAUCUCUGGCGGCGGGGCCCACGGGUCGUUGGUGAUCGACCAAGUGCUCAAGUCGAAUCCGCUGCUGGAAGCGUUCGGAAACGCCAAGACCAAGCGAAACGACAACAGCAGUCGGUUCGGCAAGUUCGCCCAGCUCCAGUUCAACGCCGAGGGGCUGCUUGUGGGCGCCCGAUGCGAAACGUACUUGCUCGAGAAGAGUCGCGUGGUGGGCCAGGCUGUGGGGGAGCGCAACUACCACAUUUUCUACCAAGUGUUUUCCCUUCCCCACGACGUCAAGAAGACGCUGUGCCUGGACGGGUCUGUCGGUGAUUACGCGUAUGUCAUGGUGGGCGAAGGCUCCAAAGUCGACGACGUAGACGACUCGGAGUACUUGCAAGAAACCAAAGACGCUAUGGACACGAUCGGCAUCGACUACCGCGAACAGCAAGGCAUUUUCGAGGUUGUGAGCGCGAUUUUGAACCUCGGGGAGCUCGCGUUCAAGGCCGAGUCGAGUGACACGAGCUCCGUGUUGUCACUGGACCGGUUGCACGUGAUUGCAAACUUGCUUCAAACUGACGGCGCGGCGCUCGAGCGGAUCCUCACAAACCGAACGAUGGCGGCGAGGGGGGAGACGUUUACGAUCCCGCUGAGUGCCGACCAAGCGGCGGACCUGCGCGAUGCGUUUGCCAAGGGCGUGUACUCGCAGCUGUUUGACUGGCUCGUGGCUAGGGUGAACAAUGCCAUCUGCAGCGCGACCCGCAAUGUCAAGCACCACAUUGGGCUGCUCGACAUAUUCGGGUUCGAGUCGUUCGACCACAACGGGUUUGAGCAGCUGUGCAUCAACUACGCGAACGAGAAGCUGCAGCAAAAGUUCAACAGCGAUAUCUUCAAGACUGUGCAGACCGAGUACGUGGCCGAGGGCAUUCCGUUGGAGCUCGUGUCAUUCGACGACAACCAGCCGAUCCUGGACCUGAUCGAGGGGCGCAUGGGGCUCGUGGAUCUGCUCAAUGAGACGGGCGUGCUGGCCAAGGCGACGGACGCGGCGUUCGUUGGCAAGAUCCACGAAGCAUUCUCUACACACAAAUCGUUUGAAAAGGUCCGCGCCAACCCGAUGCAGUUCAAGGUUCGGCAUUACGCCGGCGACGUCACGUACAACGGUGACAACUUUCUCGACAAGAACAAGGACACGCUGCCGCCAGACAUGCUCGAGCUGCUCGCGGCGAGCACGUCGCCGUUCGUUCGCGACGUGUUUCCAUCGCUUGACACUAAGAGUCACCAGAAGCCGGGGCGGCGCCAAGGCUUUCUCGUCGGCGCUACGAUCGCCAAUUCGUUCAGGAGGCAGCUGGGGGAACUCAUGGACCAGAUUGCCAAGACCACGACGCAGUACGUCCGAUGCAUCAAACCCAACGCCAACAAGAGCGCCACCGAGUUUGACCGUCAGAUGGUCGUGGACCAGUUGCGGUGCGCCGGCGUCAUCGCCGCCAUCCGCAUCAGUCGCGCGGCGUUCCCGAACCGGCUCUCCCUCGUCGAGUUUGCCAAACGGUUUGACGUGAUCUGUCCGUCCAAGUUGAGGCAUGCCGCCCCGGCCGUGAUGGUCAUGGGUUUGCUGGAAAAGCUCGGCAUCACCGACACAAAGUCGUCUCAAAACGCCAAGUUUGCCAUCGGCAAGUCCAAAGUGUACUUUAGCUCGGGGCUGUUGCAAUACCUUGAGGAGCAGCGAACGGUGGUGCUGCGCGCCCAGGCUGUCCGCAUCCAAGCGCACAUGCACGGGUACGCCAAGCGCAAGCAGUUUAAAGCUGUCAUAAACGCAGUGAGGACGAUUCAAACCAAAGUCCGGGGAUGGCUGGCGCGGCGGCGGUGGCUCUUGCUGUGUCGAGGGUUUCCGCGGCUGCAAGCUGCCUUUCGAGGGGGGGUCCAGCGCCGCCGGUUCCGCGUGUUGGUGGCGGAAACCCGCGAACGCCAUCUCUUGGCCCAGGCCCAAGCAAAAGCCGAGCUGGCGUUGAGUCUACAGCGGCAACAACAACAACAGUUCGAUCACCUGCCUUCGCCAGAGGUUGCACUAGCCACCACGUCGGUGUCGCCAACCCAGACGACGGCGAACAACAGUCCAUACUUUCACGGAGACAUUCCUGACAGCCCCAAGUCAAAGUACCCUACCGCGGAGUCCUCCGUGUCUACCAAGAUGCGAGAUGAGUGGACCAAGAUCGUGGACGAAGCGUCCGCCACCGCCGAACAAGCGCGGGUCGCGGCCAAGGAGGCCAUGCACUUGAAUGCGGCUCUGCAGGUCGAAAAUGAACAGCUCAAGGUGAAGCUGGCGAAAAACGCGCGAGAGUACGCUGACGACGACUUGCGUAUGGAGAACGAGCGGCUGCGCGCGCAGCUGUCGGCGCUGCAGAGCAAAAUCAUCCGGGCCGACGAAGUCGCGUUGUUGGCUGCCAAGGUCGUGGACACGCGCAUCACGUACCGAGACGGCAAACAGUUUGUCGAGUACAAGCUCCAGAUUGAAACCAACAUCCGCGGCACGUUGUUUGUGUGGCACCGGUACAGCACGUUCCGAAACCUGGCCUCGACGCUGCAGACCAAGAACGGAUACGCGCGCAAAGACAUUCCCGAGCUGCCCAACAAGACACUGUUCAAUAACUUCACCGAUAAAACUGUGCAAGAGCGCGUGGAGAAGCUGAAUGCGUUCCUAGAGGCAGCGACGAACGCCGAUUAUUUGCAGUGGGGUAUCCGCAUCGACGCAGAAACGUGCGUGUACAAGCGCCGGGUGAAGGGAGGCAGUGGCGGCAGCUCGUCCUACCGGGACUCGAUGGUGUCGAGAGAUACCAUGGCCAAUGCGAUUCCCACGGGGCAUUCGCCCACGAAUUCCGACCACUCGACCAACUCCAUGUCCUCGGUCACGUCGUCGUCAAGGGACGAAGGGUCGCUGCUGCGCCGGUCCUUCUUUGGACGGUCCAAGCGUUGAUAGUUUGAAGGGAAUGUGUAUAUAUAUAACGUUAUAUAUAUAUAUAUAUAUAUAUAGGUUGUGAAGCACAGUGGGUCUACUACUAUUAAUAGUAAGAGUUUAUGCCAAGCAUUCC